CCUCCCUCUCCUGCUGCACGACCAAUGGGAAGCCUUGAGGAGAGUCACGUGACCAGCCACUCUUACCCAUAAUGCCAGUUUGUCUUGAGCUGUGAGAGGUGGUGGACUGCGCGCGCUGUGCUCUCUCAUCAUGUUACUAGUCAUCCUUGUGUGAAUGUUGAACCCUUGGGAUUACCACUUUCUUUCUUCCGCCUGCGGGGUACGAGGUGCAGUGCAGCUGAUGGUAGAGCGAACAUAGGAGUGGUGUUAAGUGGCAGUAGCAACGUCCUCGCUCUGUCUGUCUCCACCCUCCUCGAUCCAUUCCCCCUUAUCCCGCUCACACCUGCUCCGUCCGCCCCUCUCCCACUCCACCAGCCAUGAAGGAUGUAGACACUGCCGGCGCUCCCAUGAUAUCUGUUCCCGCUGGGGUUUUGAAGGAGUUCAUGUCUCCAGCUAACUCCAGAACACCGACUCCACCUCUGCAGGCCUCAUCAUCCACAAUCACCACGUCUUCAGACACCACAACUAUGUCCCCCGCCCAGUCACCGUCCCUGGCCACCACCAUCACCAAUGGGCCUGGCACACCAAAUACCACAAACACUAAUAAUGGUAUUGUUAAGAGCAGAACACCCACCCCUACCCCCACCUCUAGAACAGCAUCUCCAGUCUUGGCGCUGCCCAUUUCGAAAAGUUCGGUCACUUUAAGGUCAGCGACUGUCCCUAUUCAUAUUAACGGAAAGACGGAAUUGAAGAACGAGGAGGAGGAAGGGGGGGAAGAAGGGGAAGGGGAGGAAGAGAACAAAGAUGAGAAGAAUAUUGUCACAUUGAAAAAGGAGGAGGUUGAGGAAAGCAUGGACUCGACGGAGGUCAAAAGCGACACCACAAGUACUAUGGUAAAUGGCACAGGAUCUCCACAGCUACCUUCAUCUGUGUCAUCCACCACCUCUACCACGCCAUCUCCAGCCCAAGUUACGGUGGGGAUGAAGAGACCUAGUGAAGACGAGGGCAACAAACCAGACCUUAAGAAAUUCCGAGUGGUCUCCUCUCUCAAUAAGCACGGAUUUAAGAAUCGCAAUAUCACAGUCAAGGAGGUGAACAAGGCACUUGACCUUGAGUCCAAGAAGAUCCAGGAGGCUAAUAAGUGGAACAACCAGAGCCUUGUUACUCUGAGCCGAAUCAAGAAUGGUAUUGCAGUGCUCAAUGGGGAGAGACUUUCCAGCACAGACUCUCCCUCCCAUUCUCCUUCUUCCACCCCGUCCCCCUCGCCCGCGAUAGUUCAGGAAGGGGAGGAUACCGCAAACCCUGAAGCAAACCCCAUCCCUCCGGAGCAGACUCCUGUCCCAGUCCCAAUCGAGGAACAAGAUUCAGCAAACAAGGAGAAUCACAAGUCCACUCGGAGCAAGGAGAUGAAGCUCACCAAAAAUGGAUUGAAAGAUGCCAUUUUGCGAGUGUUCAGUGACAACACACUCUAUGGCUCUGAACUGGGGAACCUGAAACAAAUGUGUGAGAAGCUCACCUCCACCCUGGAGAGCAACAUGAGGAAGGUGGCACAGUUCCACAAAGAGAUUGAGGACCUUCGUAAGGUGACAACUCGGUUGGCAGCAGAGCACCAGGCAAGGAAAGGGCAGUAUGUUGCUCCCAUCAGGAUCAAGAGGUCUGUGGGCAUCCAGGCAGCUCCUCACAUUAUCAACAAAGGCAUCAUGCAUGCUAAUGUGAGUGGCGGCAACAUAAAAACUAUCGCUCCUCGCACUUCCAACAUGGUUGGAAUGCUACCAUCUUCAGUGGGGCAAAACCUUGUUCCGGGGAGCACACUAGGCAUCAUCACCACUUCAGCAGGCAUUGCUAAGCCAGCGACUCUGACAGGGAUCCCCACAGGUGCCCCAGUGCUUCCUGCAGGUACUCCAACCAGUCUGGGCACUGCUGUGAGGGCACCUAAUGGUCAGAUCAUGAUGAUGGCACCAGCAGCCACCAUGCAGCCUCUUACUAGACCUCCUGGGGUAAAUGCCACCACAGCCGUGCUCCCAGUGGCACAGGGGCGGGUGCUUCGGGCUCCCCUAGGCAACCUGGCAUCAGUGGCACCCCAGUCAGGCAAUCUGAUUGGCACCCAGCGACCCAUCCUCAUCCAGAAUGAUAAGGGUGCUGCUGCUGCCCCCUCCUUACAAACAACACUGUCAGCAGGGAGAAGUGGAGGAGUGAUAGACUUAACUGAUGAGGACGAGGGAGCCAAGGGAGUUGUUAACCGGAAUAGCUUAGUACCAAAACCAGGUGCAUUGGUUAAGGUGCCAACGACAGCCACAGCACAGCUUGUUCCUCUACCGGCAGGAGGUGUUGGACAGGUGGUGCUGCUGCCAAACACCUCUGGAGGCCAGCCCACUACAGCUCUUAUUGUCAGCCAAGUGUCCACUGGACAGUCCUUAGAGAAUAUUGGCAACCCAGCAGUGGCACAGGCACGUAUGAGCACUGUUGUCAACCACACAUCCAGUGCGGCCCGGGUCCAGGGCGCCACACCACCAGCAACAGUCAGAUCUACUCCCACUACCUCAUCACCCACCACCACAAUACCAAACACUCAGAUGAGACAUCCAGCACCUUUACCCAAGACUCCUUUCCAACAAGUGGGAGGGAUAUCAAAGAAGCUGCCACCUCAACCCACACUCAAACUGUCUCAUAAAGAAAGCAGCAUUGUUCUUUCCUGGACAAUGGCCAAAACAGAGGACCACGAGACCAUUGCUUCGUACCAGCUAUAUGCUUACCAGGAGGGGGCUGCUCCACCAAGUGCCAAUUUGUGGAAGAAAGUGGGCAGUGUCAAAGCCCUAGAGUUGCCCAUGGCCUGUACACUGACUCAGUUUAUGCCUGGACAUGUACCACUUUGCUGUGCGUGCUGUUGAUACCAAGAGCCGGUUAGGUCCCUUUUCUGAGCCCAAGAGUAUAAAGCUGGACAAAAAGUGAUCCUCACCUCAACUUCAUACUGCCACUCUCACACCUUGUAAAGCCACUUCCACCUCCAUUGCAUUCCUUGAGCCUCCCCAAAGCUCCAGUGUUACCCCAGUACCUGGCUCUUGAGUUUUCCAAUGAGUGAUUGUCUGGCUUAUGCUGAGGCUAGAUAUUGCUUGCUGGUGUUAAUCUCAGUUGUAUUGAACUGAGUGAAUUUCCAGGUCAUCUCUGUACCAGUUGAAUAUUAUACUACUUGUGUGUAUUCAUGUUCAUGCAUACAAACCAUCACAAUGACAGUUCAACAGAAGAGGUGAGAGAUACUCAGGUCAGGAUUGUAGUAUUUAUUGUUGGUGCUCCCUUGGGCUGAUGCCUCGGGUGAGUGUUUACUUUGUCUUGUGUUUGUGUUUAUUCACUUCAACUUCUCUCAUAGCCCCAGGUCUGAUGAGGAAAACUUAACUAUGGAUCAGCUGCAGUAUUUAAGGAGCAGGUUCUUGUAUUUCUUUGCAGGUGGGCUCUAUCAUCAUCUCUAUCGUCAUCACUACCAUCAUCAUUGCCAUUGUCAGCUCACAUUGGGGUCUUGUGGAUGGUUGCAGCAUUAACAUCUAUUAAAUUCUAUUCUUCAUACAAAAUAGAAUGAAAUUCUGUGAUCUUUGCUUCUCUCUCUCUCUCUCUCUCUCUCUCUCUCUCUCUCUCUCUCUCUCUCUCUCUCUCUCUCUCUCUCUCUCUCUCUCUCUCCAGUUGAUUGAGGGAAGUCAGUACAUUUGCAUGCUCAUCAGAUAUUAGUGACAAGCCACAGUAUUAGAACUACUAACAUUUUUUAUUUCAUGUAAAAAUAAAUGAGCAUGUGUUUAAAUGUCUAUAAACACAUAAUGCUCAUAAAUUAUAAAGCCAUGUUUAAUCAACUGAAAAUGUGGUUAUUAACUAAACAAACAUUGUACCUCCACUGCCUCCUUUGUAUCUCACAGUUGUCUUGCCGGGUGUAAGAUAAUAUAUGGUAACUGCCAUGCAUUUUAUUUUUUGGUUUUGUAUUGAUAUGGAGGAUGGCCACAAGAGCUGUGUUGCACUGGCACAUCACCCACUUGUGUUGUGUUGCAGUCAUCUAAAGAUUUUAAAAGCCAGUCACAAAAAAUCAUACUAAUUUAACUUAAAUAUAUUUAUGGAUAGGUUUUACAUUGGAAUUUUCAGAUUCAGAUUGAGCAUUUAACUGUUAUCUAAUUUUUUUAUGGGUGGAUGUCGUGCCUCAGCUGCAAGAGGGUGGUUGGUAGAUGACAGACCUACAUGCACAGCAAAUAGCUGUUGUUACCUCCACCCAUGGAAGACAGUAUGAAUGUUUUUUUCUAUGAUGUAGAUUCAAAAGUGGUCAUUUAUUUAAUAAAUAUUAAUGUUUA